CUCCGAUUUAUUUACUCGGAAGCCGCGCCCAUCACGCGUGUCCCGAAUCAGUUCGUUGUUUAUCCUAAUACACACAUGACAACAACAGAGCUAGAUUAGUGCUGAACAAUGUCGACCAUAACUUGCAAUGUACUCGAUAGUAACCUGUUAGAAUUAAACUGCAGCGGGAUCAUAUACAAUGAAGCCGAGCCCAUCCUUACCUACCGCGAUAAAGCGUUUUGGAUGAAUCUAGGAAUUUAUGUGGCGUUGAUAUUGAUUGCCGGUUUGAUGUCCGGACUAACCAUUGGCUUCUUUUCUCUCGACAUGCUCAAUUUACUGACUUUAAGGGCUGGAGGUACAGCGAAAGAACAGAAAUAUGCUAACAUUAUUAUUCCUCUAGUGAAGAAACGACAUCUUUUACUUGUUACACUAUUGCUGACAAAUUCAGCAGCAGUGGAGGCAAUGCCCAUAUUCCUGAAUUACAUAUCUGACCCUGUAACUGCUAUCAUCGUUUCAACAACUGGUGUUCUUAUCUUUGGAGAAAUCAUCCCUCAAGCAUUCUUCAGCCAUUUUGGAUUAUCAGUUGGUGCUAUUCUAAGUCCUAUCGUCUAUUUUUUAAUUGGUUUACUCUUCAUCAUAUGCUGGCCUAUUUCCAAAGUGCUUGAUUGUUUAUUUGGAAAACAAGACUACAGACUUUACCAAAGGAAGCAACUAAAAGCUUUGAUUGAUUUGCACAAAAGUACACUUUCAGCUUCACCUCAAGAAGCUGCAAAACCUGUCCUUAGUAAUGAUGAAGUUAUGAUUAUAAAGGGUGCUUUGGAUAUGAAAACCAAGACAGCUGAAGAUGCAAUGCUAACUCUGGAGCAUGUUGUAAUGCUCAGUGUGGAUGAUUGUAUGGACUAUUCCACUAUUGCAAAGUUAUCAACAGGACACUCUAGGAUUCCCAUAUACCAGGGUUGUAAACAAAAUAUCUUGGGAGUUCUUCUGGUGAAGAAUUUAAUACUCUUGGAUCCUAAAGAUUGUAUACCAGUCUACAGACUUAUUGACAGCUCUGCUUUUCGCUCUGUUCCUAUAGUUCCUUCCAAUACACCCCUUUUUGAUCUUUUAAACCUGUUCCAAACUGGAAAAAGUCAUUUAUGUAUUGUGAGAGAACAAAUGCCGGGUGAUGUUAUCAUCACAACAACUGCAGCAAUUGCUUCCCUCGAUGCAAAGAUAAUUGGGAUUAUCACUCUUGAAGAUGUUAUUGAAGAAUUAAUCCAGGAGGAGAUAGUUGACGAAACUGAAGUUCUUCUUGACAUCAAUGAUAAACUUCAAGUGUCUCGAAGCAGACAGAAAUGUUAUAACAUUCAUUCCCUGUCAAAACAUGAUAGUCUUCGUUCCAAAAAAAAGCACCAGACAGAUGGAAAGGAAAGAGACGACACAUUACCACCUGGAAUGUUAUCAAAUGAAGUGUCAGUAUCAGAAGCUAUUCAACAAUCUUCAAGUGUACAAGACACCAAUGAUACAGAUCAUCUCCUUGACAUCUCGUAGAUGGUGCCUUUUAACAAAAGAAAAUGAUCAAGAGAAAUAUUUCUCCUUACAAACAGAAACAUUCUUUGGACAUAUUGACAAUGCUAGUUGCUAUCAAAGUAGGAGCAUUCCAUGGCAGGUUUUACAAGUUGCCUUUUUAAAACUUUUUUUGUUUCCCCAAUAUUCUGAUCUUUAUAAGGAGUAAUGCUUAAUUUAUCAUUAAACUAAUAGCUUUUUUUAUGUUGUAAUUUUAUCAAAUAUCUAACAAUGAUCAAGUGGUUUUAAGCAAAAUUUCUGGGAUAGUUAAGUUAUUAAAUCAUCACACUGACAUAUACAUUCCAGCAGAUUCAGACAUGAAUGUGCUAAGUGCUGCCACAUUUUGUCUUUGGUGAACAACUUCUCCUUUCAGAUGAUUUGGAUCAAGAACAAACUCCAUACAUUGAUGUAAAGGACCUUGAGACACAGCUGUGUUCUGACCUUGCAGAGUUUCUUCAGUUAAAGCUACCUCACCUGGAUCAAUGAAUCUAAACAAGAGUUGUUUAUAAAGAUCAGCAAACAAAUUGACCAGUUUUUGGCAGAAAUCAACCAGCAUCGGUAAACAAUUUGUUUGUUGAAUUCUAUAAUGAGGAACCACAAUUCUUGUUUAGAUUCAUUAAUCCAGGUGAGGUAGCUUUGACUGAAGAGACAUAAAACAGAUUGAAACGUCUCAAAGUCCACUCACCUCAAUGAAGUGUGCUGUGAACACACAUCAUCUAAAAGUUGUUGUUUGCUGAAGACAAAAUACAACAGUGAUUAGCAAUUCAUGUUUCAAUCAGCUGGAACAUAUUAAAAAUAAUAUGUACAUCAUUGUAGUUAAGAAAUUAAUUUCUAGAAACUUUCGCUGGUUCACUACUAAAAGCAGAAUGUGAGAGUAAAAAACUUAAAUUCAAAUGCUGGCAGCUAGAGGCAUGGCUGUGUGGUUAAGAAGUUCACUUCACAAUCAUGUAGUCUUGAGUUCAAUCUUACUGUGUGACACCUUAGGCAAGUGUCAGUCCAGGGCUAUAAUAAAGCAUCCUUAUCCAAGGUGCUGCACAGUGGGACUGAAACUGAAGGCUGGGAGGAAAACUUCUUCAUCUCACAGCCCCACUUGUAGAUGAGAAAUAAGGAAAAACAAAAUUGUAUGAGGAAAAAAAUUACUUUUAUUAUAAAUAUGGAGUGAGAAAAAUGAGAUGCUUUAAAUGUAAGAUGAGAAGAUAAUAGAAAGACAUGAAACUAUGGAGGGAAUGGAAUAAAAUAGAGGUACGGAAUUGAGAGUGGUGAGAUAUUUGGUUACAACCAGUUUAUUCAUCCAGCUUACGUUUUGGUUUCUUAGGAUUCCGUGACCGACUUUUAGCUUUACACAAAGGACAGAUUGGUGCAUUUCUGUGAAUUUGCUGGUGACACGACAAACAAGCCUAAAAUAUAAUAAAAGUUUAAAAAAUGAAA